UAUUAAUUCAUCCAAACUUUUUUCAAAUUCCAUUCUUCUUCCAUUAAAGUUAAAUACUACAAAGAUGAUCAUGAUGAAACCUCUAUUCUAUUUAUCACUAAUUAUCCUCUUUUUUAUACAUUUCAGCACAACUGUUGCCCAGCCAGCUGCAGCUCCAGCACCAUCAGGCCCAACAAACGUCACAAAAAUACUCGAAAAAGCUGGCCAAUUUUCGCUUCUCAUCCGGCUCAUGAAGGCCACUGCAGUUGCUGAUCAGAUCGAUCACCAACUCAAUGACACAAACAAUGGCAUGACCCUCUUUGCGCCCAGUGAUAACGCCUUCAAUAGCCUCAGCACGGGCACUCUCAACUCCCUAAGCGAUGAACAAAAGAUGGCAUUGGUUCAGUUCCAUGUAAUUCCCACAUACAUUUCGCUCUCUCAGUUUCAAACUUUGAGCAAUCCAAUCAGCACAAACGCCGGAGAUAGUAGCCGAUACAAAUACCCGCUUAAUGUCACCUCUUACGGCAAUAGUGUGAACAUAUCCACAGGUAUUACCAACACGAGCGUGUCUGGCACCGUAUAUACUGACGGCCAAUUUGCUGUUUAUCAAGUUGACCAAGUGCUUCUUCCUUGGGAUCUUUUCGGUGCUAAGCCUCCGGCACCGGCACCUGCACCAGCAAAUCCUAAAAAGAAAAAGGCUGAUGAUGUUGAUGACACUACAUUGGCCGCCUCUGGUGACUUGAGUAUCAAGGUAGCCAUGCAAAAUGUGGUAUUGUUCGGGCUUGCUAUGGUUGCAGCAACAAUGUUUUCUCUAUGACAAUAAAAGAAAAUUUAGUAAUUAAGCUGUGAUUUAUUCAAAUUGAGCGUUGGUAUUGAAAAUCAAUCGAGAUGGUGAGUGUUCUUCUGUUUUAUUUUUUCUGUUUUCCAAUCUCAUGUUGUAUGAUAUUGCUUGUUUGUCAUUUCUUAUAAGGUUGAGUUUUGAAGUUUCUUUUA